CCGCUUAUGAUAUAUAUGAAUUUGGACCUAGUCGCUAUCUGUCCAUUAUUCAAAAUGGCGGACGAGCGGGAAGUUCUAGUGUACAGCUAUAUUUGAUCGAAAUGGGCGCAAAGAAGCAUGUUCUCUGUGAGAAUAGUGAACGCAGAUUUCUACACAGCUGCUCCAAUUCCUGGCCUGGACCUAACUUACUCAAGUUUUCGGGAAUCGAAGAUACAAAAGGUUCCAUUGGUUCGAAUUUUCGGAGCGACUAAACAAGGGCAGAAGACGUGUGCUCAUGUCCAUGGUGUCUUUCCCUAUAUCUACGUACCUUACGACGGCACGGAGCCGCGGGACAAAUACCUCAGACAGUUUGCUACAAGUGUGGACUUCGCCGUGCAUGUAUCACUAGGCAGAGCAUCCUCUUCUACUCAUCAUGUUUAUGAUAUUUUCAUCAUCAAAGGAAGGCCAUUUUAUGGGUACCAUGAAGAGGAAACAGAGUUUAUUAAGAUAUCCUUCUACAAUCCAUUCCUUGUUAACAGGGUGGUGGAACUGUUGCAAAGUGGAGCCAUCAUGAAUAAGACCUUUCAGCCUCAUGAGGCACACAUUCCCUAUCUGCUUCAGUUUUUCAUGGACUAUAACUUGUAUGGAAUGAACUUCCUGAAUGCUUCAUCUGUCAAGUUUAGAUUUCCUGUCAGGCAACUCCCAGUUAGUAAAUCAGUAUCGGAUGAUGCCAGCUUCAUGGGAUUUAUAACUAGUCCCAAAGCGCCAAAUUCUCAGCUAGCUUUGGAUGUGGAGGUCUGGGAUGAAAAUACUGUGGCAAGGGACUUGGUCAUGGGUUCAGAGGUUGAGCGGCAGAGUGUUUGUGACCUUGAAGUGGACAUCAGAGCCGAAGAAAUUCUAAACCAAAAGGAAGUUGGUGCAAACAUUGGAAGCAACCCUGGACUCACUACAAUCUGGGAGGAUGAGCGUGAGAGACGGAAGGCAUCACAAGACGGAACACCUCUGGAGCUGCCCCCUUCACAAGAUCGUGGGUAUCUUCCUGACCACGAGGCCGAGCUCCACUACAAGGCAAAGCUCAGGCAAAUCCUACAAGAACAUGAACUGCUGUUGCAAAGCCAGAUUGAGAGGUGGGACAAGGCAGAUACGCCAUCCGAGCAGCGGGACAACAUCGGAUACCUUACUGCCGAGCGCCCUUCACAGGAUACAAACACACAAGACGUCAAUGAACGUGAGCCCGUGGUGAACGCAAGCAUUGUACAGGAAGUCGUUGAAUCAAGUCAGCGGUCACUUUCACAGGCUUUAGGUAGUCCACUUGACUUAGAUAUGGUUGAUAUGCUUGCUAGUCUGGCCGAGGAAGGCCAGUCAUCCCCAGGCCCUCUCGUACAUGCUAGUGGAGGGAGCCUGUUUGAAGGUCAAGAGUACGCAGAUGAAGACGAGUCUCAACAAGAAAAGGAAUCCGUCGCCGCCGCGGAGAUGGAAGAGUCGCUACUCAUGUCCCAGCAGGUCUGGGAUGACACCGAUCUCCAGGGGGGAGGGGGUGGGGAAUCCAGUGAGGCCCAGGGGGAUCAUGGGAAUGCCGUCCCGUCUUCACUCCGGUUGUCACAGUUCAAUUUGGAAGGGCUUGACGACACUUGGGCCGAUUCGUUCAGUGAUGAGAUCCCUCAGGUUGACGGUACCUAUGAGGAGGAAGAGGAUGUCACGCGCCCCUUGUCCAAGCUUGUCACGCAACCUGUCACUCAGUUUGUUGCCCCAAUAGUCACGCAUUACGACACCGAUAUCUCUCAGGUUGACGGUACCUAUGAGGGGGAAGAAGAUGUCACGCGCCCCUUGCCACGGCUUGUCACGCAACCAGCCACACAACCUGUCACUCAGUUUGUUGCUCCAAUAGUCACGCAAUACGACACAGAAAUCUCUCAGGUUGACGGUUCCUAUGAGGAGGAAGAGGAUGUCACGCGCCCCUUGCCACGGCUUGUCACGCAACCAGUCACACAACCUGUCACCCAGUUUGUUGUUCCAAUAGUCACACAAUACGACACAGACAUCUCUCAGGUUGACGGUUCCUAUGCCAAUAUCGAGAAUGUCAUACGACUUUUGGACCCUGAGGACCAAAUAAGCCAUUGGAUUCCUCAAGUGGAUGGUGCGAAUGAUGAAGAUGACACUGAUAACGUUCAACUAGAAUCCCGAUCACAAGGGCAACAGCGACACUCAAAUAGCAAGUCCUCGGUACAGUCCUCCUCUGAGCUAGUCAAACGUGCAAGAACCACCCGUAGACUGGGCGUGUCCAGGGUCAAAAUUCGCGUGAGUCAGACUCACUCUCAGCCCUCACAGGCAACGGCGCGGACGCAAGAGGUCACAAGAGAUGCGGCCUCACAGGAUGCCAGCGUCACGACCCAGGGAAAUACGUCGCAUAGAAAUACAAGAGACGUGAUGUCACAAGAAAAUACAAUAGACAUGACGUCACAUGGUACCAUCAUGAUUUCAAAGAAAAGAGAGCUGACGUCACAGGAUGCCAACAAGACGUCAAAGAAAACUACAAAAGGUUUGCCGUCCUGGGAUGGUAAAGAAUUAGUGACGUCACACAAAAACAAAAGAGUGACGUCAGGGAAGGUCGAAAGUGGUAAAAAAGAGGUGUCUAGAAUUAUUGAAAGUGACCCAGUUAAAGGGAAUGUUCUCAUUCACUUUGCAGAGCAAAGUAGCAACCAAAGCGGAGAGGUCAUUGAAAAUGAGUCGCCGUUUAGUUUAGAACUAAGCGAAUCUAGUUCAGAAGACGAACUAGUAAACGCCAAACACUCCAAACACGCCAAAUCCAUUAGAUUCAUUAGCGAGGCCCAUAUUCCUACACUAACGAUCGAUCAGGAACGACUAGGUAACCAGUCAACGAGUGAGCUUACUACAACAACGGCGGAAAAUUCAACACUUCAGGUGAAGGCGAUCGGCAAUUCUACAGAGCGGCAUCGAACUAUUGCAUUGAAAAAGGGGAAUGUCGUAGGUGCAACGGACAAAAUUAUGAGUGAUAAGCAAGAAGAAGUUGCCCACAUCUCUGAUGGAAAACGCACUACAUCAACUUCAAAAGCGAAGGCAGAGAGAAUUGAAAAACUCAGCGUUGAUGGCGAAGAUGACAAAAGUGCUGGUGGUAAAACACGUCAUGCAGUUACAAGGAUGUUAUGCACUAGGGAAGACGAGGAACGGGAUUUUGACAAGCGGCAAAGAAACCAAAGAGGGGUAACCGUUGGCCAUGGUAUUGCCCCUGAUAAUCGCCCUGCGAUGGCUUCAACAUCGACUUCUGAACAUCGAAAGAAGACUAGCUACCGACGUCUUAGAUCUAUGGUGUUUGGAAAAACUGGAAGAAAAACGAAAGAGAUCAAAGUAAGCAGGAAGCAAGCAGAGAAAGUUUCAAAGGGAACCCGAAAGGCGAGUCAUGGUGUAGCUAAGGCAACGCGUGGUGGAUUAGCAAAUAGAGGCGUAUUUCAAGGAAGAGGUAUAUCUGAUGAGAAAUUCUCUAUAACAUCAUCAGAAGAACAGCAGAGGCAGGAAAACAAGGGAGAUCGGCAGAAAAACAGAGAACAAAGACGGUAUAUUGAGGAACAGAUAGGGGGUAACAAAGAACAUGGGCGGGGUCAUGCGGAUGCUUCUGAUAGAGACUUGCCUAUUAAACUGUCGCCACAACGACCUGCCGCUGUCACCGAACUGAAAGAUGUUGAAGAUACCGUGACGAAAUCAGAGAAGAUGCAAUAUGAAUACGCAAUGUUAACUUCGGAUAGGCCCUUCAUUAAACAAAUGGAACAUGCUAGUCCUACCUUGACGAAGGGCAUUGUAAAUGUGGACACAAAAUCCGCAGAGGGACGUACCAAAAAAUUCGAAGAGUCUAAGGCAGUUUCAAAUGUUAGACUCAAAGCGAAUAAAAUGAUUAGGGGAGGUAUUAAGAGACAAUCAGGUGAAGCCUUAAACAAGAAUAAAAUUCAGGGCAGAGAAAACCUUUCAUAUGAUGCGGCGGAAGACGAUGAAAUGCCAGUUGCAAGUAAAUACGACAAAAGGCUACUCAAGCUGACAGUAGAGUUACAAGACGUUUCUAUGUCAGAGGUCUUCCAUUCAAAAUAUCAGCUUGCAAAACUAAGACACCUCGAACGCCGGAAGUUUUUGAAAGCAAGAAAAGCUUCGGAAAGCUCACGCUUUUCAGCUAAACGCGCGCGUACUGACACUGCACGGAGAUCCCCUUUAAAGACUGACAAAAGGGUGGGACGAUAUGGGAUGCUUGACGUUGUUGUUAGAACGUCUCCCUCAAAAGCCGGUUCCGCAUGUUCCUUAAAGUCAAGUUCCCAAAAUCCUUUGAAGACUAAUGCCCAAAGUCCCUUAAAGUCAAGUUCCCAAAGUCCUUUGAAGACUAAUGCCCAAAGUCCCUUAAAGUCAAGUUCCCAAAGUCCUUUAAAGACUAAUGCCCAAAGUCCCUUAAAGUCAAGUUCCCAAAGUCCUUUGAAGACUAAUGCCCAAAGUCCCUUAAAGUCAAGUUCCCAAAGUCCUUUGAAGACUAAUGCCCAAAGUCCCUUAAAGUCAAGUUCCCAAAGUCCUUUGAAGACUAAUGCCCAACGUCCCUUAAAGUCAAGUUCCCAAAGUCCUUUGAAGACUAAUGCCCAAAGUUCCUUAAAGUCAAGUUCCCAAAGUCCUUUGAAGACUAAUGCCCAAAGUCCCUUAAAGUCAAGUUCCCAAAGUCCUUUGAAGACCAUUGCCCAAAGCCAUUUGAAGUCAAGUUCCCAAAGUCCUUUGAAGACCAAUGCUCAAAGUCAUUUGAAUUCAGGUUCACAAGGUCCUUUAAAGACAAGUUCACAAAGACCUUUGAAGUCAAAUCCCCCAAUUCCAUUAAAGGCAAGUUUAAAAACCACCCUAACGUCAAGUGUCCCAAGUCCUUUAUGGCCAAGUUCCUCGUCCAAGUCAUCCAAUCAGCUUAAACGAUCACGUCCCGCAAGAGUGCCCAGUGGCUGUGAAUCUAAACGGCGCAAGCUUUCUUUAAAGUUGAAAUCAAAAUCGACUGAACUCUCGGGAGAACAAAUUGGGGGUCGCGAGGAAACAGUUGCCGGUAGGUCAGACGACUCAGCGUCUGUCCAGGAACGGGACCCAGGACUACCCCUACACUCUACCAGUUUGAACAGAACCCCGCGCAGAGAACGUCAGGAGAACAUGCCGUCCUCAGAGGACAAUUGGGUCAGUAGUAGCUUUGUUAGUAAAGGAGAGAAAAGUGAUACUGAAGACGUGACAGGUAUUUCUUCAAGUCCUGUGUGGGAUAAAGGUAUGGAAUGUGCAUAUGAAAACACUGUUGCUAGCCAAGAAUCUUGGAAGCAUAAGAGAUUCCAGGAAAAGGAGGAAUUCAUGAAAAGACAGAAAUUCCAGGAAAAUCAGAAAUUCCGGGAAUCCCAGGAUGAGCUCCGGGACAUUUCCAGACAGGAAGACUGCCACACUGUGCACGAGACAUUCCUGGAAGAGGACUUUUCACUGAAGUCACAAUUGUCCGGUAAUCUCUCAGAUGAUAUGUUCGAUAAUGCUUUAUUAAACAUGUCUUACAUGUCUCCAAUAGCCGUAGAUGUGAGGCCCUGCUCUCCUCCGUCACCUUCAUCACCCACUCCCUAUGAAGACGUGUUACCCCUUAGUGAAACGCUCAGCCCGCCAUGCCCUGUUGGCAACAUCAGAGAAGGUAUUUCUAAGACAAUAAUGUCCGAGAAAGGUACUGUUACUCAUAGAAGAGAUAGGGUAAAUGUUAUAGAAUUUGGUCAGUUUUCUGCGGUUGCGUUAUCCGAGAUUGAAGGGAACGAUGCUGAGCCCCAAGUAGGAGAGACUCAGACUUGGUCUGAUUCUAUGGGUGAAACGUCUGAUGUCACGCCAUGUGGCACUAGUAACGCAAAAACAAUAAUUGAUAUUGGUCGAUGUGUCAUCGGGCAGAGUCGCGCAAUAGCUACGAGUGAUUGUACACAACAUCACAUAGGGCAAAAUUACGCAAUUACUACUAGUGAUAGUACACAACAUCACAUCGGGAAAAAUUACGCAAUUGGACCAGGUGGCGCAAUAACUACGUGCCACGCAAGAUUGACGAGCGAUUGUAGUACCCGCAAAGAAGAGGAAUAUCUUACCAGCCAACCUUACGCUAAUACAAUGGAUACAGUCCCUUCAAUUGCGUGUUCCGUAAGACCUGUAGACAGUGAGCACGUGAAAGAAUACAUGGUUUCGUCGUCUGUUCUAACGGCGUCAGGGCAGUAUGAUACUGGGCGUGGUUUGCACUCCCCUUCCCCUCUUCCCAAAGCAUCACAGAUAACAACGCCUCGUCGAGAGCAGUCAUUUGACGAGAGGAGUCUAUUUUCACCCUACAGUUCAGUGGACAUCACGGCAUCGCCGUCAAUACAGAUGCCCUCCCCUCCCAUAGUGGCAAAGACGACCCCCCGGACACCACAGGAGUUGCGUCCGUCGCUAUCUCAAUUACACGCGAAUGAAAACGUUAAAUAUCCAGAAACCAUUAUCCCACAUUUGCCUCGUAACGUAUGUGCUACUGGGGAUCAACAUUUUAAUGGUGAAAUCAUUAAGCUUCGACAUGGUGAUGAGGCUGUUGCACCUCGGCAUAGUGAUGAGGUUACUGAAUCUCGACGUGUCGACGAGGUUACUAAAUUGCGACAAUGUAAAGAGUUUACUGAGCCUCGACAUGGGGAUGAGGUUUUGGAACCUCGACAUGAUGAUGAGGUAACUGAGCCUCGACAUGAUGACUCUACCGAGACACCAUUUCCUCUCUCUCGUGUGGCUUCUUCGUUGAUUGGCAGCCAGAAAGAAUGCACACCGUCUUCUCCAUUAACUAAUGUCUCCACACGGUCCUCCUCCGAGGUUGUCUCAAGAGUAUUCCCUCAAGAUCGUUCAGACGGUGACCCGAACUCGCAGUCGAUUUUGGAGGCGAAUCUCAUUGAAGAUCUAGACUCUUUUGGACAGAGAGAUAGAUGUGAUGGAACUUCGCGAAUCAGUCGUCAAAGCAGAAGCCGUAUUGAGACCGAUGUGUUUCCAACUAAGCGUAACUUAUCCCAUAGCUUUAAAGAUGUGAAGACUAGCGAAUCAGAAAGAUCGACUCCAACAUUGAUUUCAAGGUUAAUUGCCGAUAAAGAUACAACACAGGAUAGCUUAACUGCGAACCUUGAAGAUAAACGGCUAGAAGAACAAGUAAACGCAGCUGUCCACGUGACUGUUGAUUCUCCAUUGGUUCAUUCAUAUCAAGACGUCAUUACGCCAUUGCGAGGGCCGCCUCAAAAAGCCGAAUUGAUGGCAGGACUAAAGCAUCACGGGAUACCACAGUUUCGACAUCAGCCGGCAUUUUGUAGUAACCCGGAUGAUGUCCCAGAAUUUCCCUGCGAGGUCGGAGGACGAGUGCUUAGGAUAAAGUCUAAGCACGUGGACCACCUAUCGGAGUUUGACACGUGUCAGUCUCUGAUUGGCUUACGUCAAUGGAGAACUUUAUUUUGUAAUGACCAUGAGAGCAGCAUCCAAGCGGCAUGCCGGGAAAACGCGGGCUCAACUGAUGAAUUUGUCAGUGGUUUAGAGAAAAACCCGCAACUCCGGGUGGCUUUUAUGGGAGAUAAGAACGUUAUCCUUGCGCCCUGUAAAGCCGCCCCUGCUCCAUCUGCGGUGAGAACCUGGGCACGAAAAAGAGCAGAGCGAAUAAGAAAGAAGAGAAUUGAAAAGGAAAAUAAGGAACAUGGCGCAGAGCAACGGACUGAGAAAAUCCCGGAACCUAAAGCUGUUGGGAUUAAUCGAAUAUUAGCAAAUACGGAGGCAAAGGACAUACCUGCUUAUAGUGAGAACUCACCUAAAGAUUGUGUUUUAAUCUAUUCUCCAGCAGCAAGCCCUGGGAUAAGAAAGACGAUAGAAGUAGUUGCACCAGGAAAUGGCGUGGCACCAGGAAAUGACGUAGCACCAGGAAAUGACGUAGCACCUGUUAAUUCACCAGCGCCAACAGAAGUCACCAGCCCAUGCACUCUGUUUUCCCCUGCGCAGGGGGAGUUCAGCUUUGAUCCUGAAAGGGAAAAACUCGCGCCACAAGAUAACUCAACUACUCCCCCGUCACUUGAUCAAAUCGGUUACAAGACCGGUCAAAAAGGUAAUCAAACCAGUCAAGAAAGCUGUCAAACCGGUUAUCAGAACAGCGAAACUUGUCAAGCCAGUCACAACCGUCAUCAAACAAGACCAACCAGUUUUCAACCCAGUCACACCGGUUAUCAACCCGACACGUGUCGAUCACCUAAGGGCCGGUCAUUAACUCGACACAAGCUAAAAUUCACUGUGACUGAACAAAAGGAUAAGGUUUCUAAAUCAUCAUUUUUGUUACCAAGGCAACAAUUAUCACCACUGUCCGAACCACACCACAGCACUCCCAUAGCAUCACGUGCGACUCGACCCCAGCCUCCCUUGCUGACUCCUAUCGCUAGUCCGAUCAAGCCUGGGCCGAGUGGCGUAAAAGGAAGUGCUACCAGUGCGAGUAAAGGAGAAAGUAAAGGAGAAACUCUUAGACGGCAACUACUACCAAGCCAAACAAAGACACUCACCCCGGAGUUACGAGCGCGACACCGAAUCGAGGCAGGUUCUCAGAUCGAGGGCCCAUCCCCCGUCAACACUUGCGGGUUUCGAGUUCCCAAAAUGAACAUCCAGGGUGCCAAAGCAACACACGAGGUCCAGCACCUGACUCUACUCAGUGUGGAGCUCCACGUUCGCACCCGGCGGAACUUACGCCCAGACUCCGAGUUCGAUCCCAUCCUCGCCCUGUUCUACCACGUACAGACCGACACGCCCACUUCAAAUGGACCUGCACGCGUUACCGGCGUUAUUUGCGUGGAUGAGGAGUCCACCAUGAAUCAGGCUACCAUGGUAACGAGCACUCAGGCUGCCAUGGCAACGGGCACUGAAGCUGCCAUGACAACGGGGACUCCGGCUGCCAUGGCAACAAGUACUGAGGCUGCCAUGGCAACGAGUACUGAAGUUUCCAUUGCGACGAGUACGGAAGUUAACAUGGAAAGAGGUACUCAGGUUUCCAUACCAACCCACACGCAUGUUUCCCGGGCGACUAGCAAUCAGGCAGGAACCCCGAGCCCGGCGUCAAAUAAGAGAAGGGCAAGAAGAUGUUUACUCGAACGCUCAGGUGUCACGAACUGUCACGUCACAUACGUCAAGAAAGAAAAAGACUUAUUUCCAGCCCUCCUCGGCCUCUUUCGCGAGUGGGAUCCCGACGUUCUGAUUGGCUACGAGGUUCAGAUGUUGUCAUGGGGAUAUCUUAUCCAGCGAGCACUGGUCUUUGACCUUGACCUUGCCUCUAAGCUCGCAAGGGUUUCUGGUAGCUCUAGUAGCAGUAACAUGGACUCGGAAAAGGACCAGUGGGGCGCGGCGCAUGCGUCGGAGAUUAAGAUAGCAGGGCGGAUAGUCCUCAAUGUUUGGCGACUUAUGAGACAUGAGGUCACACUGAAUGUGUACUCGUUCGAGAACGUCGCCUUCCACGUGCUUCACGAACGCAUCCCGCUCUUUCCCUACCGCUCGCUUUCUGAUUGGUGGGAUCAUAAGACCGACAUGCACCGCUGGCGCACCGUGCAGCACUACGUCACUCGUUGCUGCGGCAACGUGCGUCUGCUUGAGCAGUUGGACUUCAUUGGACGUACGAGUGAGCUUGCAAGGCUUUUUGGGAUACUGUUUUAUUCCGUCAUAUCUCGUGGUUCCCAGUUUCGAGUAGAAUCAAUGAUGCUUCGUAUCGCAAAACCUAUGAACUACAUCGCAGCCUCGCCAAGCGUGCAACAGAGAAAUAGUAUGCGCGCGCCUGAGGUGAUCCCACUUGUCCUCGAGCCCGAAUCCCGAUUCUAUCACCACCCCGUCCUCGUGCUCGACUUCCAGUCGCUCUACCCAUCCAUGAUGAUCGCAUACAACUACUGCUAUUCGACCUGUCUCGGAAGGGUCUCGUCCAUAGCCGAGGGAAGCCAUUUCAAGUUCGGUGCUCUGUCACUGUCUGAGCCACCAAGCCUUCUCAAGCAACUUGAAAGGGACAUCCACAUAUCGCCAAACGGUGUCGCCUUUGUCAAGUCCAAUGUACGGCGCGGAGUCUUACCGAGGAUGCUGGAAGAUAUCUUGAACACGCGCAUUAUGGUCAAGAACUCUAUGAAGAAAUGGAAAGACAAUAAGUCUACCUACCGGAUGUUGGACGCAAGGCAGCUCGGUCUCAAGCUAAUUGCCAACGUCACGUACGGAUACACGUCCGCUAAUUUCUCAGGCCGGAUGCCCUGUGUGGAGAUAGCUGAUAGCAUCGUUCGUAAGGCCCGUGAAACCCUGGAGCGAGCGAUCGACCUCGUCAAUACCACGAGCAAGUGGGGGGCACGAGUUGUUUACGGAGACACCGACAGCUUAUUUGUGCUACUCAAAGGAGUCAGUAAGGACGAAGCAUUUCGAAUCGGACACGAAAUCACGGAGACGGUCACCGCGCAAAACCCGAAACCCGUGAAGCUCAAGUUUGAAAAGGUCUAUCUACCAUGUGUGCUGCAAACCAAGAAGCGCUAUGUCGGUUACAUGUAUGAGACUGCUGACCAGAAGGAAGCAGUGUUCGACGCCAAAGGCAUCGAGACUGUGCGUCGGGACACGUGCCCAGCGGUUGCUAAGGUCCUUGAGAAGUCCUUGCGUAUCCUAUUCGAAUCACGUGACGUCUCUCUUGUUAAGCAGUUUGUCCAGCGGCAGUUUCGUAAGCUAAUGGAGGCUCGCGUCUCUCUCGCUGACCUGACCUUUGCCAAGGAGUACCGCGGUAUGCGCUCAUACAAACCUGGGGCAUGCGUACCAGCACUUGAACUCGCUAGGCGAAUGUUGAAGGAAGACCGUCGCUCAGAACCUCGCGUCAGCGAAAGGGUCCCGUAUGUAGUGGUGUAUGGUAGCCCUGGACUACCCCUGAUACAACUUGUCAAAAGGCCCGAAGAGGUACUACAAGACGAGCGUCUUCGUGUAAACGCCUCGUAUUACAUCACCAAACAGAUUCUGCCGCCAUUACAUCGGGUCUUUUCCCUUAUCGGGGUGGACGUGAAAACAUGGUACGCGGACAUGCCACGUGUUGUACGCAUCACGCAACAACCGCUGCCCAAUCAAACCGACACACGAAAAGGCACGAUAGCACAGUACUUCGCGACGCUCAGUUGUCCCGUAUGUCAGGAAAUGACUCCCAAGAGGCUUUGCGAUGCGUGUCAGCAGGAUCCGCAAAAGGUUGUGGUCACCCUGAAUGCGCGCGUGAGAGAUUGGGAACGAGCACAUGAUCAACUCAGUCAGAUCUGCUUCCAGUGUUGUGGGUCACGUGAUCACAACCUCAGCUGCGUCUCCAUAGACUGCCCCGUGUACCACAAAUUGAUCCAAGCGUCACGUGACCUUCAGCGGGCGCCGGGCCUACGCGAACUGACCGAUAGCCUCAUUAGCAUAUAAUAACACAAGCGUCACGUGACCUUCAGCGGGCGCCGGGCCUCCGCAAACCGAUGGCCUCAUUAGCAUAUGCUCUCUCUCAUCGAGCUAAUGAAAAGACACCGAAAGAAACUGUAAUGCCACAGUAAAUAGCAAUCUAGUCGAGUUUAGAGACAGUAUAGGACGCAGGUACUAGGGGGAGGUAUUAGUAGCAGUUUAUAGUGCUCAUUAGAACUACUAAGUUGUUGUCGCAACGACAAUUAUUUGAUAAGAAAAAUAAAUAGAAAUGAUAA